UCGCACAAAGUUGUUGGGAGAGGCUCGAAAAAAUAUUACUUAUGAGAAACUUAUUUGUUUGUUAUUAGUGAGAAGGACAUAGCCACAUGUUUUAUUCGGCGAUAUGUGUGACGUUAGCUGUUUUUAUAUCUUUGGUCCACUCCCAAGAGACUGUCUCCACCUCGACCUCUGAGUAUGAGCUGACGGUCAACAUCACGGGCACCGACCCCAGUAAAGAGUACCGCCUGGGCUACGGAACCACCCCCGAUAACCUGACCUGGGUCGAGCUGGCUGGGGGUGAUGCUGCCACCUACCUCCUGUAUCCAGUCAUUGGACUCAGCCCCGGGGUCACGUAUAGGGUCAAGGUCGAAAAAUCUGGGGCAGAAAUCUACAAUCAGGAGGUCACAACCAACCCACUACCACCAGUGAACAUCCUGGUCACAUCAGCAGGAACCCACUUCCUGACCAUCACCUGGGAAACGGACACCAGAAGCACCCAGGAUGGGGGCCGAGUUCUGUUAUCCUCCAACGGGUCAGAGGUUAUGACCUUUGAAGCGACCUCUGGAAAACAGGUCAAUGCCACGAACCUUCAGCCCGGGGUCAGGUAUUCCAUCAGUGUGAUAGCGCUCACUAGAGGGAAGGCCAGCAUGGAGUCCAAGCCGACAACACCGUGCCCCUACCCCCCACUCUGA